GCUUAGGUCACCCAGGCUUGUUUUUUGGUCGGCGUCUUCCCUCCCUGCCAAAACUACUGCCACUACAUAGUACUCCCGUCCGGAGUACUUCCCAGACCCACUGCCGACUGACCUCGUUCUGGCUGCUGUCACCUGCGUUCCCCUCGUCUUGUCCGUUUCCGUCAUGGCUUCCGAACAACAAACUGCCGCUGGUGUGCCCGAUGGUCAGCCCAAUCCGCUCCCCAUUGGAUCAAUCGCCAAUGCCCUAGGUGAAGAGGUCUUUAUGAAGGCCCCGAGUGCCACUCCGGACUUGCGGAGUGCGCAGACCCAACCUCCCAUACCCUCUGACACCCCUCCCUACUCCUCUGACUUGCCUGGGAACAUUGCCUCUCCAGACCCAUCCACUACCGCUGCCCCGAACACCCCAGCUCAGGCAGCCAAGGACGCGAAGUCGGGCGUUGAUCUGUUACGUCGUUUGAGUCUGAUGGGGACGCCCACGAUGGUCGACAUCGACCCCCGUGAGCAGUAUCCGGGCUUGAAUCUCACCGGUCGAGUGAUCAGUGCUGCAUUCUGUAUUCCCUACAAGCUGUACUUCCGAUCUGGCUCUGACUGGGAUCUCAAACCUCGCCCGGGAACAUCUGCUCUCUUUGACUCCAUGGCCUACCUGGGUGCUGAUGAAUCGAGAUGGUCUCACACCCUCGUCGGCUGGACUGGCGAGGUCGAACCGGUCCACGAGACGACGAUACCCUUACAACAAAUCCCCAUCAACACGAGCGCCAAGCUACCCACCACUAUUAACGGCACAUCUGCCUUACCUAUUAAUAAAGCGGCUGCACCAGUGCCCGUGGAUGCCAACCAACGCCUGCCGAGUCACCCCCUUCUAGAAGGGUUCGGGGUAGGCUUAGAUGAUCGAAGACGACUGGAUGAACAGCUGAGUUCUAGUCGUUACGGAAGGAUUGUACCUGUCUGGCUGUCGGGUGAAUCCGAAAUUCCCGAUGACUCCGUUUUUUUGCAGGACCAAGGGAGGUGGAGGCGUUACGCGGAAAGGGAGUUGUAUCCGCUCCUUCACUACAAGCAACACGGUCCCACAGAUGGAAAAUCGGAGCGCAAGUGGUGGGCGGAUUAUGUCCGCAUGAAUCGUCUUUUCGCAGAUCGGAUUGCGCACGAAUAUAAGGAAGGAGACAUUGUCUGGAUCCACGACUACCAUUUAUUCCUGGUGCCUAGUAUGUUGCGCCAACGCAUUCCUAACGUCUACAUCGGAUUUUUCUUGCAUGCUCCAUUCCCUAGCAGUGAGUUUAUGCGCUGUCUGGCCAAGCGGAAAGAGGUCCUUACAGGGGUGUUGGGUGCAAACAUGAUCGGCUUCCAAACAUUUUCUUACUCUCGCCACUUCUCAUCUUGCUGCACUCGGGUCUUGGGAUUUGAUUCCAACUCGGCUGGGGUCGACGCGUACGGUGCCCAUGUGGCUGUUGAUGUCUUCCCCAUUGGGAUUGAUACCCAGGCCAUUCAGAACGCGGCUUUCGGAUCCGCCGACAUCGAAAAGGCCGUCUUGGGUAUCCGCAAGCUAUAUGCCGGGAAGAAAAUCAUCGUUGGCCGUGAUCGACUGGACAGUGUCCGCGGUGUUGCGCAGAAGCUGCAGUCGUUCGAGGUGUUCCUCGAGCGGUAUCCCGAAUGGCGUGACAAAGUCGUCCUGAUUCAAGUGACUAGCCCAACGAGCGUUGAUGAGCAGAAAGAGGAGAACAAGUUCGCCAGCCAGGUCUCCAACCUGGUUUCCACUAUCAACGGUCGAUUCGGGUCCUUGAGCUUCUCACCCGUAAAAUACUACCCGCAGUACCUGUCCCCACACGAGUACUUUGCAUUGCUGCGUGUAGCUGACGUGGGUCUGAUCACGACGGUCCGAGACGGUAUGAACACGACGAGUCUGGAGUACAUUAUCUGCCAGCAGAACAAUUAUGGGCCUCUGAUUCUUUCUGAGUUUUCUGGUACCGCGGGGACACUGUCCAGUGCCAUCCACAUCAACCCAUGGGAUACUGUCGGUGUUGCGGGUGCCAUCAAUCAAGCCCUAGUCAUGACCCCCGAAGAGAAGAAGUCGCAGCAUCAAAAGCUUUACAAGCAUGUUACUGCAAACACCGUCUCGGCUUGGUCUAAACAGUUCGUUACUCGUCUCCUCACGAACCUCUCCUCGUUCGACCAGUCCGUGGCAACCCCAGCGCUCGAUCGAGCGAAGCUUGUGAGGCAAUACCGUCGGGCUCGCAAAAGGUUGUUCAUGUUCGAUUACGAUGGCACACUCACCCCUAUCGUUAAAGACCCGCAAGCCGCUAUCCCAUCAGAUCGCGUUCUACGAACCCUCAAGAGCCUGGCAGCAGAUUCACGGAAUGCGGUCUGGAUCAUCAGUGGGCGCGAUCAAGCUUUUCUGGACGAGUGGAUGGGUCAUAUUCCCGAACUAGGAUUGAGUGCCGAACAUGGGUGCUUCAUCCGCAAGCCUCACUCAGACGACUGGGAGAACUUGGCUGAACGGAGCAAUAUGGGCUGGCAGAAGGAGGUCAUGGAAGUGUUCCAACACUUCACCGAACGGACCCAGGGUUCCUUUAUCGAGAGGAAGCGAGUGGCUCUUACGUGGCACUAUCGGCGCGCGGACCCCGAAUACGGGGCGUUCCAGGCUCGCGAAUGCCGGAAGCAGCUCGAGGAAACCGUCGGCAAGAGAUGGGAGGUGGAAGUGAUGGCUGGAAAAGCUAAUCUGGAGGUUCGGCCGACGUUCGUCAAUAAGGGGUUCAUCGCAACCCGCCUCGUCAAUGAGUACGGAACCGCGCCUGGAAAGGCCCCCGAGUUUAUUUUUUGCUCGGGAGAUGACUUCACAGACGAAGAUAUGUUCCGGGCCCUACAGAAGUUCGACCUACCACAAGAUCACGUCUACUCGGUCACCGUCGGGGCAAGUUCGAAGCAAACGGCCGCCAGCUGGCACCUCCUGGAGCCUGCGGAUGUGAUAGAAACCAUCUCGAUGCUGAACAGCAGCUCGUGCUCGCAAGAGUAUUGAGGUUCACGGGUGCUCCGGCGGCCGG